AUGUUACCCAAUACCCCUAAUCGGUAUGACAGUGAUGAGUUGGUGCGUGCUGCAGAGUACGAACGUUUAGGAGGGCGUAUUCCAAAAAACUAUAUUAGAGCAAGAUUGCCGGUAUGGAGGCGUAUCAAGAUCCAAAUGUCGUUUCCAUCAACAAAAAAGUCUCCUGAAUCCGCAAUCUACGUUACUGAACGUGAACUAGCUGACGGUAAUGACAGCUUGCUUACCCCAAGCUCAUCUUCAGAUCCCACCACAGCGCCACGAAAGUCGAAACUCUCAACUUUUGCACUGCUAUUCAAGGGCCACAGAGCAAGACCAGAUCGCCGCGCAGACAUUCCAGCGCAGGCUAGAAAUAUGAUGUCACUCCUCUGA